GUAGCCUCUUGCUACUAAUAGCGAUCCCCAGCCCCGCGUGCCACAUGCGCCAUGGCGGAGCCUCCCCAGUGUCGCUUCUGCUUGGGCGACGCGGGCGAUGACGACGAGCUGGUGGCGCCGUGCGAGUGCCGUGGGGGGCAACGCUGGGUUCACUUGGCGUGCUUGAGACGAUGGCAAAGAUCCAUCUUGGUGACCCAACCAACCCAUCCGGCUCUCAUCCAGGAAGACCGGAGGAUGACGCACUGCCAAGUCUGCCUGGCGAAGCUCACCUGCCCAGCGCUCUCGCGACAUGAGAUGAUGCUGCAAUUCACGGGGCAGGAGCUGGCAUCACUGGUCCGAGAGCAGAGCUUGAUCUCAUCCUCACAGGCCUGGUCAGAUGCCCUCUUCCAUCACCUGCGGCGUGUCGCGGACCGUCGAAGCAUCAACAAUUUCGUGCAUUGGAGUCGCAGCAGCUACCUGAUCUACAACUGUGGACCAAAGCAGUUGGCUCUGAGCAUUCCGGAUGAAGCCAAUCGUGAGGCGGUGCUGGACAACCUGGACAGCGCUGGGCACUUGGAGAUCCAAGGGAAGCAGUACAGGCUGCUGAGGGAGGGGCCGUUGGCCCCAAGUAGUCCACCAUCGGAGCCGACGACGGAUGUCGCAGAUGUGUCAAGCCCCAGCCUCUUCCAAGCGAUUUCGGCCCUUCAAGUGCCAACGGAAGUGAAUCUGCAGCUGGUGGAUGACAGCGAUCGGAGUGAUGACAGCAUCCGGGCGGUGAACUUGAGCAAAGCCAUCAGUGAGGAGGACCUCAGCGUCGAGGUCCAGCUGUUGCUGCGGAGGGCGAUGAAGGCCGCGAAGAUCGACUCUUUGCCCCGCGUGCAACACUUCCUGGCGGGCCCCUGCGCGACGUCCCAAUGUUUGGUGAUGCUCCCGUCGAGGGACGGAAACGCGGACGUUCCCGGCUUCAAGGCUUUCCCUUCUUUGGGCAUUGCCCUUGGCCGCGACUUGGCCGCCGCGCUGCGUGCCACCGCGCCGCCGGCCGCGCCGGCUGCGACGGAGCCCAGCGCGCCAUCCCCAGCGCCGGAGCCAGAGCCACCGGUGGCCGAGCCGGUGGCGAAGCGGCAGAGGGUGGAGGAAGUGGCAGAAGACACUGGAAUACCUGAAGCGCAUGAGCCAGAAGAGGAUGUGGCUUCAGCCUCCGCCUCGGAGUUCUCGGACUUCUGGGGCCUCACCGCCGACGUGGCGCCCGACCUCCCCGACGACGACGGCUCCGCCUCCGACGGGUCCGCGCUCGAGGGGCCGGACGCGGCGGAUAUGGUGGUGAGCGUGGCGGCAGAAUCCAUCUACGACGUGGCCGGGAGCAUGCGCAUCGAAGGCACCGAAGGCGCAGAGCCAACGCUGCGGAUCUUCUGGGGCGAGGCCGCCCCGGCAGAUUUGCAGCGAAGCGCCAGGAGCCUUUGGCGCCAGCUCCUCGAUGAUGAGCGGCCGGUCUACGCACCGCGCAGCGAGAUGACACGGUCAGAGUGCCACAUCGUUUCAGAUGGAGGAGACUAGAAUCUAGAGCUGAAAAGACAUGAACAAAUAGACCAUCAUGGUGCAAUUCUGCACCAACCAAGCAAGGGUCUACCUUAGAUGUCUACCCUUUCAAUCCUUUCUCAGCGCAGCGCAGCGCGCGCAGCGCAGCGCGUCGCAGAAUCGCACGGCUGCCUGCCGGUGCAUCGAAAAAAAGCG